AUGGUGAAAGCGAUCACCAAAAUGGUCGAGGAGGCGACCGAUUUCGCGCACAGAUUGCGCGACGAGCCGGAGGACCACUUUGGCUUCGUCGAGAUGUUCGGCGCCCACUCGCGCCUGGGGGUUGCGCUCGCUCGUGCGUCGCCUGCCGUUGUGCAGGUGUUUGAGAACCUCUUCUUCGCGGUUGUGAUGGCUCGCCAUCGGUACUUGGAGGAUUGCUUCGAGUACGACAAGGAACCCGUCAAAGAGUUCCAGCUCUCUGCCCUGGCCAAGGCCAUUGACCUGUUCAAUGGGGCCGUGAGGGGCUUUUGGUCCAAUACCGAGCUGGAGCUGUACAUGAACGAGGCGGCGGACGAUGUCGAGAUCUUUGAGGAGGAAGAUGGCGCUACUACUGGCGGCCAGCAAGAUGUGGAGAUGGAGGACGUUCGUGCUGGUGUUGAGGGCAUGAUACUCAACAACACGAAGGAUGUGGAGAUGGGGGGAUGUUAA